AGGCGGUUUGCACGACGCAGUUAACCACGCUUAUAUUUCUUCACAUUUUCCCCCGUGUCUGUGUUGAUUUCAAGGCAAAAUGGUUAAGCGCAGCAAGCUCCUUCAGGCCCUUGAUGACCACAAGGGCAGAGAUUAUGCGGCCGAAAAGCAGAAGAAGCUAGUCAAGGCUGCGGAGAAGAAGAAAGCUGCUAAGCAGGAAAAGGCUGGCGUUGAAAAGACCGAGGAGGGUGACAAGACUGAAGAGAAGAAAGAGGUUGAACAGAAGCCCGACUCAAAGGCCGCCAAGUCCAAGAAGCGCGAGUCCACCGAAGCCGUCACAAAGGAAGACAACAAGAGUGAUAGUGACGAUGAGGAGGUAGACGAGGACUACCAGGAUGAGGGUGACGAUGACGACGAGGAAGAAGAAGAGGAGGAAGAGGAAGAUGAGGAGGAAGAUAUUCCCCUCUCUGAUCUGUCCGACGACGAACGAGAGGAUGUGGUCCCCCACCAGCGUCUCACAAUCAACAACUCUGCCGCCAUCAACAACUCCAUCAAGCGCAUCUCCUUCAUCACCUCUCAGACACCGUUUUCAGAGCAUCAAUCUCUGGUUUCGAAAGACGAAAUUGACAUCCCCGACCCCAACGAUGACUUGAACCGCGAACUGGCUUUCUACAAGGUCUGCCAGUCGGCUGCCUCGACUGCGCGUGGUCUGUUGAAGAAGGAAGGCGUCCCCUUCACCCGACCUGGUGACUAUUUUGCAGAGAUGGUCAAGGACGACGAACACAUGGGUAGAAUUAAGAAGAAGCUGUUUGACGAGGCCGCUGCCAAGAAGGCUUCUGCAGAGGCCCGCAAGCAGCGUGAUCUUAAGAAGUUCGGCAAGCAAGUUCAGGUUGCCAAGUUGCAGCAGAGAAACAAGGAGAAGCGCGAGACACUCGACAAGAUUAACGAGUUGAAGAAGAAGCGCAAGGCCGAUACCUCUGCCCCUACAGAUGACGCCGGUGACAUGUUUGAUGUCGCCAUUGACGAAGCUAACAAACCCGAGAGCCGCAAGCGUGGACGCGACGGCGAGCCCAAAUCGAAGCGCCAAAAGAAGGACCAGAAGUUUGGAUUUGGUGGAAAGAAGCGAUUUGCUAAGAGUGGUGAUGCCGUUUCCAGUGGAGACAUGAGCGGCUUCUCUUCGAAGAAGAUGAAGGCCGGCGCAAAGGGUGGCGCGAAGAGGCCCGGAAAGAGUAAGAGAGCGGCCAGCAAGGGAAAGUUCUAGGCCAUGACCAUUGACACUGUGUGUUUGAUUCCAUUAUUUCUCUGUUUGGAGUUCUGAAAAAAAGCUGUUUGAUGUAUUCCUUUUUACCACACUGAGAAUUGAGCUGCGAUACCAUGGGACAGCUCAAGGCCAAGGCUUUUAUGUGUAUUAGAAUAAUUGAUAGAAAUGGCCAUCGUACAUAUCAUAUUCUGUCAUGUUUGCUUUAAACAGUAAUCGAUCGACUCCAUCUU